CGAAAUUACUAGGUUGAGACUAGGCGAAGACGGCUAGACCAUCAUGCACCAUCGACUCGUGGGGACGCAUGGUGAUGCCCAGCCUAGUUUUAGGAAUGAGGACGUUUUUCUGACGUGCUAAACCACGUUUUCCCUCAAUUUAGUAAUCCCAAUAAUUUCCUCGUGAACAAACAAACUGUUCUUAAAAAAAUAAGAGAAAUAAAAAGAGCAAAGAAUACAACAAUUUUUCUUCAUUUCUUGAAUUUUGAUUUGGGUGGAAGUUUGCACUUUACUUCAUCAAAUCAAACUCAUUCAUUGGUUCAGAUUCCCAAUUUUAUUUGAGAUUUUGAUUAAUUUCCCCCUUUUUUCAGCUUAUCUUCUGAUUUUAGGGUUCUUUGAUUUUUUUGUUCUUUAAUUCAAUUUUGCUCUCUCUUCAAAUGGGUUCGUCUGGUGCUCGAACUCCGGCAUUCGGACAAACAGAGAUUAAUUGGGAUAAACUUGACAAGACAAAAUUCUAUGUUGUUGGAGCUGGGCUUUUUACGGGAAUUACAGUGGCACUUUAUCCAGUUUCUGUUGUUAAGACUAGGCUACAGGUUGCUUCCAAGGAUAUUACUGAGAAAAGUGCAUUUUCAGUUGCCAAAGGCAUAUUGAAAGCUGAUGGUGUACCUGGUUUGUAUAGAGGUUUUGGUACUGUCAUCACUGGUGCAGUUCCGGCCCGGAUUAUAUUUCUUACUGCUCUAGAGACUACUAAAGUGGCGGCAUUUCGGAUGGUUGAACCACUUAAAUUGUCUGAACCAUCACAGGCAGCAAUAGCAAAUGGUAUUGCUGGCAUGGUUGGUUCACUUUCAGCACAGGCUGUGUUUGUUCCAGUCGACGUGGUUAGCCAGAAGUUGAUGGUACAAGGAUAUUCGGGUUAUGCAACAUAUAAUGGGGGCCUUGAUGUUGUUCGCAAGGUUGUUAAAUCAGAUGGUGUUCGGGGACUGUAUAGGGGGUUUGGUCUAUCAGUGAUGACAUAUGCCCCUUCCAGUGCUGUAUGGUGGGCCAGUUACGGCUCUAGUCAACGUUUAUUUUGGAGCCUUCUAGGAGAUGGAACUGAGCAGCAAGAGGUUCCUAGUCUAGGGAAAAUUGUGUCUAUUCAAGCUGCUGGGGGUGUUGUUGCUGGUGCCACGGCAUCUUGCAUCACAACUCCGCUAGACACCAUUAAGACUCGUUUACAGGUAAUGGGACUAGAUAAGAGACAGAAUGCUGUUCAAGUUGUAAAGAAAUUGAUUGCAGAUGAUGGUUGGAAAGGUCUUUAUAGAGGACUAGGUCCAAGAUUUUUCAGCAUGUCCGCUUGGGGAACCUCCAUGAUACUGGCUUAUGAAUAUCUGAAGCGGCUGUGUGCAAAGGAGGACUAGAUUCACAUGACAGCACAUUUGCUGACCAUUUCAUUGCUAUGAAAGAUUUAGCUUACUCAAAGUGGCUAUAAGAUUUUACUCACCCUUGGCUUUUUUUAAUUGCCCAUUCUUUUAUCAACUACGUCAACAUUUACAAGAAACUUUUUGCAACUUGGUUUCAUGACUUAAGUAUCCAGCCUUUGAUAAUCGCGCAAUGAAGAUUGGUUACACUUACUGAAUUAGCAAGUUGUAUUUAGCUGAACGUUCCUGUUACUCAUAACCAGUGAGAAUGUCCGUUUACCAGGCAUGGUUUUACAAUACCAGUGAAGUUUUUUGUACGCAUAGAUUAGAAAGUUGCAGGAAGGAGUCAUUAUUUUCUGUAUAUCUUAAUGACCACAAAUCAUAGAAGUCAUGAGCUUACACCCACAAGGGUGAUAGUGAAAAAUUCUUUAAACUUCAAAGUAACUGUUACAAGGAAGAUGUAGCUUUUCUGUGAUAUUCAUUCCUUCUUUCAGAAUGCUUACAGAUAAUAAUGUGAAGUUAUUUUAGCAUA